GUGAAUUCACACCGUCUCGACAGCAGCCACAGUAGAACCAUGAAAUCAUAGAUACUUUCCACCGAUACUAUUCGCUCAACAUCAUGUCGUUUGUCAAAUGGAAGACUGGCUCGGGCAGCGGCUCGGGACAAGCUGCGGCGGGAGGUCUUGUCGGCCACCCGGAUUUCACAAAAGCUCAUCUACGGGACAGAGAGACCUAUCGCCUGGGUCAUUUGAGGUCAUUAGGUCUCCAAGGAGAAGUCACAGCGUUGGCAGUGGACCCGGUCUAUAGUCUUAUGGCUGUCGGAACAUCGACGGGGCUCGUUCACUUGCUAGGGAAGCUACCUUUUCAGUGCAUGAUUCAGCUGUCAUCUCUUCGAGAUCAAAAGCCCGCUGCCGUCAAGUUCUUGACAUUCGUGCCGGGAGCAGGUAGAUUGUGCUGUAUCGAUGAAAAGAACACGUUGCAUGUCUGGAAUACUGGUCCAGGAGGAAUGGACGAUGCGAAGAACCAGCCGACGAAAGAGGUCACGACCAGUCUCUAUGGGGAUGUAACAUACGUCGAUAUUCCUUCACCAGCACAUUCUCAUCUAUUCUUUACCCUCAAAGACGGCAUAACACUGGCCUACGACAUUCCUCGGCGACAUCUUUCUCCCUACCGAAUCGAUAACCUCUGGAAACAGUACGAAGAUAGAUUACGUCGGAGUGGUGUGCCUGGAAGAUUCCGGGCGUCAGGAACACCAGAGGCGGUGUGUUGUGCGAUGAAUCCACGAGAUUUCAACUCGAUGUUGAUUGGGUACGAAGGCGGUGUCAUACAAUGGGAUAUGAAAGAGAAGACGGCUGUCAACACCUUCGAGUUGACGUUGCCGCCAGGUGCGCCCGGCGGUUCCAGCUAUACCGAUCAAGCCAUUUGGACCGAGAGGAAUCCGGCUGUUACUUGCGUCACGUGGAGACCAGAUGGUCUAGUCUUCGCCGUCGGACAUGAAGAUGGCUGUAUCUCGGUCUGGUCGCUCGAAGAACCCGACAAACCGCUUAUGGUCCGGACAUUGACGAAAGAGGACGUCAAUGUGACAGAUGCAGAGUCCCUCUUCGAUUCCGGCGCUCUGGACGUGACCGCAAAUAAUGGUCAACCUACCCAGCCGGCAGUCCGAGAACCCAUCUUCAAGCUGACUUGGGCAUCCUUCCCGGAUCGAGCGACUCUGGGAACCAUGAUUGCGGCCCAAAGCCUGGACCCAUCGGUCGAACCAGUUCAAAAAUCGACCAUGCAGUAUGCUGACAAGGGAGAAACUCUGCUCGUUGUCCUCGGCGGUUGCAUGUCGAAUGAACCUCCUGCUAUCAACGUCUUGCAAAUGCCCGUCUAUACCCCACCCCCUGCUUUGAAGACAGCAGUAGCCGCUCCUACGGAAGGAUUGUCGAUACCCGGACGAAAGGCAUACAGGGAGUCUUUAUCGGUAACCGGUAUCACGAAAUACCCCACGGCAACGCCUGCGGAAGAUUUUGUACUGUUACCACGUACCAGCCCCUACUUCAACUUGUCGUUCGAUCCGAUCGCCAUUGUCAUCUUCUUGACCCCAGAAGAUCGCCUUCCUCCCAUCGCGGGACCUCACGGUAGACGUACAGUGGACGCAUGGACUUUCCCUCCACCUCGUUCCGAUUAUGCUCCAGAUGACACCGGACGGAAAGACUUCCAUACGGUAACAGACGAGGCUUUACAAGGCUAUGCGAUGACGGCUGUUCCGACCCUGCCAAAUGCACUUAGCCCCGGACUGCCGACAUCAGACUCGACCAGCUCCUGGAGGCUACCUUGGUCGUCAUCACCUGCGUCCCCUGGCUUGUCGCCGUUGAAUGCCGGCAUGAUGGCUCAGACCUCACAGCCGCCUCGUCCCCUCCGGCUACCGUCGAUCUUUUGGACAGGAGGAACAAAUGUCUUGGGAUGCGAAACAUUUUCGUUGGACACCGCUACAUUCCGCCGGCUGAUAGCGUUCAGUAUCGAGUCUGCGGGACGCGAGGAGAAGCCGCGACUUCCGCUCAGUGGUGGCGCUGCAGUGGCCGAUCUCUAUAGUCCCAAUGCGCCUGACGUCGCUUUGACAAAGAUGGAGGGUUACCGAAUUCUCGCAACCUGGCAUGCGGAUGGCGCUGUGCGAUUCUGGGAUGUCAGCCCGCAUAUAUUGGUAACACCAUCGCCAUUACGGUUCGAAUACCCCUCACCCCUGCCACACCUCACGAUAUCCAUUACCAAUCUCAUCAAGCAUCCUUCGCUUCGCCACCUACCUAUUGCACGGCUAUUCAAGACCAAUCCUACGCGAGUCAGAAUUACUGGUAUCGAUAUCGCCCAGGCCACACUCGAAUGCCUCAUACACGUCGAAUCUGGCGAGGUGUUCAUACACAAGUUCGGCACGACGAAAGAGAAACCAUCAGACUUUGAUAAUGCCCCCGUGCCAAACACGGCGGGUACCGAUCAAAGCUACUUUGAGGAAGCAGCCGGACAAGAUGCUUAUGACGGCAUCGCGGAUGUCGAUCAAAUCGCGGAACCUUUGACUUCAACGGCUCAUCUAGCAAACUGGCGCGACGACGGGUUCAAGCCUGUCACCAUUCUCACCACUCGACGCGGACCCGUUGUAGCGAGUGCCAUGUCAGACAUCGGCUUUUUCGCCGUCUCAUACUAUGCAAAUAGCGUCGCGAUCGUCGAUUUACGCGGUCCUGAUGUCCUUUUACGCGAAGGCUUUACGGAAGAGGGUCUCAAAGUCAAGAGGAAGAAGAAGAACAGCCAAAAUCUCCCGGCAGAGGCGAGCAGCUGCCUGACUUUAACGUGGGCGAUAUGCAAGAUGAAUGGGGAAACCCACCGAGCCCCACGUUUGAUAGCCUCUUAUGCAAAAGGUCUUACCAAGAUAUACACGCUCAAUUCGGUAUUAGGCGAAUGGGUUGUCGACAGCAAGGCAACGACGUUCACUCACGAUAGUCUUGUCAACCCUGUUGCGACGUUCAUGCUAAGCUAUGCUACUGGCGAGGCCGUCAACGCUACAGCGGAAGCGCUGCGACAAAGUAUGAGCCUGCAAAACAGCCUCGACCAGUCACCAAACAAGGCAGAAGGAAAGAUACCAUUCGCAGUCUGGAUCGUUGUAGCCAAACGUGCUAUCAGAGCGCAACUCGACUUUAAUGGCGAGAGGAUCGCGAAGGUGGACGUACAGGAAGGCGAGAUCAUCGAAUCGGCGCACAUCGUACGAAAGAAUGGCAAUAAGGCGUUGGUCGCAAUUACUAGUUCGGGUUCUGCCAUGAUAUAUAGUUUGCCAGCCCUUGAGUAUAUCAACAAGCUCCCAUUGAAAUUGGGUACCUUCGAUUCGCGGCCUCUCGGCAAGCUGUCUGUCGACCCCAAUUCCGGAGACUAUUUCGAGUACAUCUCGCCGAUGGAGAUUCACUUACGAACCUUGUUCAACCAUCGAAAACCACUGCGUCCACGUGUGGAUCCAUCCACGGUGAAACACGCAGUGCCUGCCCCGCCGGUACCGCAGAAUGCGGCAUGGGGUGUCUCAUCCUGGAUAUGGGGAGGCGCUCCUCUGACCGGGGCCCAGCUUGAUGCUUUGGUCGCUGGUCCAAACCGUCCCCCGCUUCCCCGGACUGCCACAGCUCAGAAACCGCCAAAACCGCUCAUCACGUGGGGAGAACCGCCAGAACCGGUUGUGCGUGGCAAAGCACCGGCUGCACCUAGGAGAGACCCAUCGACGCGAGACGUUCGGGAAAGAAAGGACGUGUAUACGGAAAUGACCGAUGCAGCAAAUAAACGAGGCGAUAUCCUGGAAGGUCUCGAGGACCAGAUGAUGGCCAUCGGGACUGCGGCUAACGACAUGUUGAGCGAGGCUAGGAAGACGGCGGCCAAACAAUCAGCCAAGGCUACAGCGAGAGGUUUAUUCGGUUUCUAAGGUGGCAACAAACUCUGUACAUCUAGGCACAUAGAUUCAGACCGAAAAGAUUGUAUGAUACACACA